UUUGUUCUUCCAGGGUCACGGAAUUUCCACUAACCUCAUUCCAGUUCGAAUUCCGUGGAAGAAAGAAAAAUUUAGCACUGAGACGAUGCAAGGCGGCGAAGAGCUCAGCAUAGAGGAGCUAGCCUCCAAUCUCUCUACCUACAAAGAACAGCUUCACCAGGUCAGACAACUUCUGAACGAUGAGCCUGGAAAUUCUGAAUAUGCUGAUAUGGAAAAGGAGCUUAGUGAGGUGAUUGCUUUGACGGAAGAACUCCUGGCAACUGCAAAGCAAAAUGAAGCAUCUGGGUUGAAUGCUAGUGCAUCUGCAAGUUUGUCAAUGCCUAAGGAGAAAGUGGUAUUUGCUCAUUCUUCUGAUUUAACAUCGCAUUUCUGAUCAUCAAUUUCUGUUGGCACUAAAGUUCAGGCAGUUUGGAGUGAAGAUGGGGAAUGGUAUGAUGCAACAGUUGAUGCUCAUACACCGAACGGUUAUUAUGUUUCCUAUGAUGGAUGGGGUAAUAGAGAAGAGGUGGAUCCUGCCAAUAUAAGGCCAAUUCAAGAAGGUCCUGUCGAUGCUUUGUUAGAAGCUGAGCGAGUUGCAGAGGCUACAAAGCAGGCUAUCAAACGUAAGAUUGCACAAGCUGCUUCUGUUGACUUACAAUCACGGACUUUACCUGCAAAGCUACGUAUCGAGCCUGACGAUCCUGAGGAUGUGAAAGCUGCCAAACGUAAGAAGAUACAUGCGUUUAAGUCAAAGAUGCGGCUAGAGCAACUUGAAGUCACACAAAAUAAGCGACAGAAUGCUUGGCAGCAGUUUCAGUCAACCAAGGGCAAAACAAAGAAGAUCGGGUUCUUCUCUGGAAGAAAGCGGGAGAGCAUUUUCAAGUCUCCAGAUGAUCCACAAGGCAAGGUUGGUGUGACUGGAAGUGGGAAAGGUUUGACGGACUUCCAGAAGAGGGAGAAACUUCAUCUCAAGGGUGGGACGAUUGAGGCUGAUGAUUAGAGAGAUUAUGCAGCAGCCACUAGCCUGCGAUUGUAUGUACCAUGGUAGAGCCUCAUUUAUGCAUGUGCCAUGACAAAGUGAAAUGCUUUGAAACUGUUGUGCAUUACCCCUAAUAUAGUUUUUUUUUUUUAUUUUAAAAAUAUUUACUAUGAUUUUAUUGAUUUCUGCCUUGAUGUUCACUCUCUGGUGUGAGACGACAAGGCAUGAAGUACUGAA